AGAAACUGGAAGCCAUUUGAAAUCUUUGCAAGCCAAAGGUUUCUCUUGGGCAAAAGAAAAAGGAGCGGAAAAACUUGCAGGGAUCCGUCCUGCAGCCCCAGAAAUGGUCCCGUGAAGGAAAAGGCAUCUGGAGACCCACCAGAGUCCUUGGACCCAUCUGGAGUUGCUCUGCAGGACAGAGAAAGGAUGGAGACACAAGCUUUUGCCAAGGAGGGAAGCGGAAAAGGCCCUUCGGCUGCUCAGCCUGGGAAGGUUGGGAAACUCUGGACAAGGACUGGGCAGAAGAUGCUGGAGGAGGAAACCAUCCUCCCUUCCGAAGUUCAGUCCUUGGGUUUAAUCCAAUACUGGGAGGCUGAAGGUCCUCGAGGACUUUGCAGCCGACUCCAUGACAUUUGCAGGCAAUGGCUGAGACCAGAAAAACACUCCAAAGCCCAGAUGCUGGACCUGGUGGUUCUGGAGCAUCUCCUGGGUCUCCUGCCUCCGGAGAUGGAGAGCUGGAUUCGGGAGUGUGGAGCAGAGAGCAGUUCCCAGGCGGUGGCCCCGGCGGAAGGCUUCCUCCUGAGCCAGGCGGAGGAGCAGAAGAAGCAGGUCCAGUUGCAGGGCUGCACUGUGGAGAUCAGAGAUCCUGAGGGAAGGAAGAGCCCAUCAAAUCCCCCUCAGGAGCUAUUUUUCAGGAGGUCCCCUUGGGAAGAUCAAAGUCAGGACGCCUCAGGAGAGAAACAAAGAAUGAACGUUUCUGGUUUUUAUGAUGGAAAUCAAAUAACGGUUGAACCUCCAAAUCAAUUUACAAUCAAGAUCACGUGA